AUGGAGCCGAUCGGGGAAGAAGGAGCUUUGAGUAAAGAUGGACAGAUGUUGAGGCAGAACAAGAGGCGAAGAACUCGAGAUGGUUUCCAAGCACUGGACCGGUGGAAAGCUAAGGUUCAUCCGGAGAAUUGGAAAAUUUUCAAUUACUUCGUGGAGGCGCGGAGAAAAGCAACGACUGCGCGCCAGUUCGAAACAUACUCUCGGGUUCUUCGGGCUCUCCAGUCCUACCCACUUCCUUUGUCGACCCAGCAGGAGGCCGAGCAACUCGACGGCGUUGGUGACUACCUCUCAAGCUUCUUCGGCCGCAUUCUCCUCAACCAGACUGCCGCCACACCUGGUCACGCCUGCCUCCCAGGAGCCAAUGACAAGGCCGACAAAACGCCGGCUGCUUUUCCUCUGCAUUCGCCAGCCCCAAGCAUCUGCACAUCAGGAGACAGAAUCGAGGGCGGAGCUGGACACGUUCUGGUUUCGGGCCUGUCCUGCGAAACUGGUAACGACUCCGAGGAAGGUUCUCCACUCAGUUCACUCAAGAUUUCGACGGCCGUUCAGGUUUAUAUAGAGGGCCAACGCAGCGCAGCCGAGCGCCUCGCUGCGGUGCUCCUGAAUAGGCAUACUGGCUUGAAGUUUCGCCAGCUGCCUGGGGCGGAAGGCACCGAAAAGAGCCAUAACAGAGGAAGCGUAGGAGAUGCAUGCGCGGUUCUAGACAUUUCCAACGGCCGCGGGAACGUGCUGGGACGAAAGAACCGUGUCCGAGUUCCAGAGAGAGCCGGCGCCGUUGAGUCAGUGAACGUCGCGAGAGAUGGGGAGUCUUCGCGGCUCGAAAACGGACGAGAAACCUCGGAGAAGGAAUCCACAUGGGCGGGCGUUUCCGACAGUCGCUGCCCGGCGGACAUUUCAGACUCUCAAGCACGAAACGACGACGAGAUUAACUUUUCAAAGGGGAAGGGAGGCGAGUCGCGAAAAAGUGGUUUCCGAAAGUGUGCGAGUGCCUGGACCGCACUGGUGUGUCUGUACAGACUGAAGGCCUUUGAUCAGAAAGGCGUCAGUCGAACGCAAAUACAAAAGGAGCAGGAAGAGCUCUCCAAGAUCUAUCCGUGCAGAGUUGUCUCAGGAAGCGUUUUGGAGACAUUGCGGCUUGAAAAGCUUGUGGGCGUUAGCCAGCCUUCGGCUGCCGCCGUUAGGGCGGCCUCCGUGGCUCUGGACGAGCAGCUGGACUCUGCUGCUAACGCCUCUCCUUUCCUGAUUUCCAGUGCGCAUCAACUGUCCUCCAGUACUGCGAAGGAAGCGGUUAAGGAGGAACUUUUUGAUGGCCGUCUUCGGCCAGCACACGCCUUGAACGACAGACCCGCUGAGGAGGAGACAACAGCGAGGAGGCGGUGUGUGAUUCUGCGGAGAGGUGAGGACAGAAAUGGCGAUGGCACAGAGGUCCGUGCGGUGGGCGCUGUCGCCUCUCUUGACCAGGAAGCCCCACGUUGCCAGACAGAGAAUGACAGAGAAGCCGCGAAACGCCGCCUGCUGAAGAAGUGUUGUCACGAUCACCUCGAGCGACUUUUCCUCACCGAAGAGGGGAAAGCAGUCGCAGAGCGUUUGGUGGACGAAAGUCCGGGAAUACGGACUUCGUCCGCUCACGCCCCAGCGUCUUGCCUGGGCGUGGAGGCACUGCAUCGCGUAGAGAAAGACCAGUUUCUUCAUUGCCCUUCCGAUGCACACGCGAAUCCGCGCAGGUUGGACGCAGCCGAAGGAAGAGGAACCCGCGGAGAAGUGGGGAAGGCAGAUGUCCGGAAGUCCUUUGAAGAGCCAGUGAAACGUAGAUGCUUCGGAGCGGAAGAGGCUUGUGGUAUCUCUGUGGAAAGUUCGAGCUUUGAGUCGGAUGGAAGUUCCAAGUCCCAUGACGAAAGGGAUGCCAGGGCUGACCCUUGCCACGUUGCCUCUCUUUCCGUCAAUCGAAGAUCGAAAGCCGCACAGGAAAUCAAAGAAGGAGCCUCGGUACCUUCAGAAACCAAGUUCGGCGAUCACCAGCCGGGAAAAGGUGCGGGGUGGCAACUCAGUGACGAGGACCUUUCCUCAGAGAGCAGCAGUACAGACACUGCAACUGCAAGCCUCACCAGCAAAGGAGAGCGGCAACGGCUUUGCGGAUCAUUCAAGAAAGAUGAACCACAUGUGGUGUCGGACGAGGAGGAUGGAGAAGCGCCAAAGAAGUUUGGCGGGGAGUUCGAGCGGCGCGGGGAAAGCUGGAGUCAUCGCUUCGGCAUUCCAAGCACAUUUAAUUGCUCAACACCGGAACGUCGACGCCCAGAGGACGGGCGGGAGCCCCUUUCAACGACAGACUCGCCGUCACCAGUAAAUGUGCCCGGGGAAUUCCGUGCUGGCACUGAAGAGGCAAAGGGGGCAUGCAGAAGAGACAACGGGCCCCGGGAGUGGCGCCACGUAGGCCAUGCCUUUCAAGUUUGUUUGGUUCUUGACAAUCGCGAACGCGUCGAACACGGCGUCGGUGGUUGGGGAGGUGGGAUAAACAGAGCAGAGUUUCUGUCUGCACAGCUGCGAAGGAAUGGUGUUCUCGUCGAGUUACGGCCUCUUCCGGUGGGCGACGCCAUCUGGGUGGCUCGGCAGUGUUCCGGUGCCGCUGAAGCGGCUGUGACAAGCCCCAGAGACACUAGGGACAGAAGCGCAUCUCUGGAACGUUCGAUCGCAAAUGCACCCAAAUUAGUUUGUAGGGUCGGGGCCGCUGUUUCGGCAGAGACGACGUCGCCGAUGAAGAAAGGCGCAUUCGCCUUACCGGCGGAGUUUGUGUUGCCUCUCAUUGUAGAGCGCAAGACCCUCCGGGACCUGAGCUCGUCGAUCCGAGACGGCCGCUACGAGGACCAGAAGUACCGUCUGAUGCGCUGCGCCGGUGUCACACGAGUUCUAUACCUCGUCGAGGGCUUGCUUGAGGCUUCGCAGUGUCCCGCGAUUCCGCUCUCGACGGUUACUUUCGCGGGCCAGAGACGUAACCCUGGAGGGUCGGGUCCAAGUGUCCAACGCUUUCCCGGAUCUCAACGCCCAGGCGUUCCUGGCGGAUCGACUAGUCUCGCCAAUGCCUCAGGCGGCCGAGCGUUUCUUGGCGGGCCUCUGUCGACGUCUGCUGCUACCAUGGCGGCUGAGAUUGCCGCUGUACGUACAGCGCAGGUCAAGACGCAGCUCGUCAAUGGCUUCUCGCUUCUAAACACCACUUGCCCAGCCCAUACGGUGGCCAUGUUGACUCGCAUCCACAGACGGCUGGUGAGACAGUUUUCUGCCGACGCCGUCGUUCCCCAAAACACUCACAAGUUCUGUUCGGAAACAAGUGCACGAGGGGCUGAAGCGGCCGAAGUUUGGCGGAGGUCUGAUGCCGAUGUUCAUCAAACAGUACUCGACAUUGAGACGUCACGCUUAGAGGCAUCUGGAACCGAGGUGUCCGGGGCGUCAUCGAGGAAGGUGAUGGAAAGAGUGAUUCACCUGUUUCUCCUUCGCAAGAAACAGGACGAAACAGGUCUCUCAGGUGACACCCUUGGGGUGUGUCCGAUGGACGCCGCCGGGAACGCCCAAGUCGUAGAACUUCUCUCUUGGUCAGAAUGGCUCGAGAAGAACCGGCAGAGCGCAAAGUGCACCGUGCAGGAGGUUUUCUGUAGACAACUGAGUGUGUUGCCAUUUCUUGGAAAACGCGGCGCAGCUCACAUUGCGAAAGCGUGUGGCCACCCAGCGGCUUUUGCUCGGUUGCUCAAAACCCACCCCGACGACAGACACCUUCGAACAGCUUUAGCUUUGGCAGCGCUUGCAGCGGACCAAGCGAAAAGCGGACAGGGAAAACCCGAUGCGGAGAAACGGAACGAGAAUGGUGAUACGUUGCUGCUAACACGGCAGAACCGCCAGACUCGAAGAGUGGGUGAGGAAAUGGUGGAGGACAAAAACUCGGAAAGCGAACCUCGAGAGCCAGGCGAGAGAAGCACCGAUAGAAAGAAGCGGAAACGCCGCGAUGGCCUGCAGCUCGACUGCCGAGAACAAGGGCGUAUCUCAGCCAUUAACACCGGAUCUGCUCGGCCACAAGCUAUCAGCAGCAAGGCGUUGGCGCUUUGCAGGCUGCUUUACCAGGACGAAGUUCCUGCGUCUGUCCUGGACGCAAUGCAGCCUUUGGCUGUUGCUGCCUCGACAGUUCUCGAGAACAAGUGUGCAAUGGCAGCAGCGUUAACGCCCUGCAGGGAGCAGGUGGAGAGGGAAGGAAAUAUUCUCUGAUACGUGGAGGCAGAGACGCAGGUUCUUCCCGUCACCAUUUUGCUCCAUUAUGGUUCUGGGUUUAGCAAUAUCUGCUGAUCCAGACCA